CACAACAACCGCCCGGUCUGCUUCUCGAUUUGCAUCUGUCUUUCAUCCACCGCGACGUAUUCUUGGUAUUCAGCUCGAAGCCCCUGUGUUCAGCGUAAUAUUUUUGGGCUUUUUUUGGAUUCGCGUUUUUUCUCCGAGGGGUAUUUGGCGAUUGUUGUUUCUGGGAAUUAUUUGAUCAGCCGAAAGCCACGGAAACGCGGAACAGAACUGGAUCAAGAGACCAACAGCUUCUCAAAACUAUCACACAAUGGCAGACUACUCAAAGCUCAAGGUCACAGAACUGAAAGAAGAGCUCAAAAAGCGGGGACUGUCGACCGCGGGACUGAAGAAGGCACUGGUGGAUCGUCUCGAGGAGGCUGAUGCUGCUGCUCCUGCUGAGUCUGGGGAUAACACCGGUACUGAUGCUGCAGCAGAGCCACAGGCGGAGGGUGAGGCGAUGGAGGAGGACAUUGUUGCGCCUGUGCAGGAGUCUGAGUCAAAACCAGAGCCGGUGGUCGAGCCUGAACCGCAGCCGGUAGCAGCGCCCACCAAAGCCGAGCCUGCGCAAGAGACGACAGUGGCUGAGGUCAAGCCCGCAGAGCCUGCAAAGGAUGAAGUGAUGGAAGAUCAACCAGCGUCUGACUCAGUGGAGGAAAAGCUCGAGUCAAAAGUUGAGCCACCCGCAGAGCCGAUUCCCGAAGCGACCCCCGUUGCUCCCGCUCCGAUCGUGGAAACCGCCAGCUCGACCAAGCGAUCUGCAGACGCGAUGGAUCUCACACCCGACGACAAGUCGACCACAGACGCGUCAGCCGAAAAAAGUGCAAAGCGUAUCAAAGAAGAUCUCGAGAUGGAGGAUGCGAAAGUUGAGCUGGAAUCCACAGACGAACAAAAGCCAAAGGAGGAUCCACUGCCUGCCCUCGGCGUCGCCAGAAAUCCCAAUAUACCUACAGAGCGAUACCCACCGACGCGCACGCUUCACAUCAAAAAUUUCUCGCGCCCGCUAAAUCUCCCGUCUCUAAAGUCGUAUAUGUCCGGCGUUGCGCAGGAAGAUAUCGUCCAGUUCUGGGUCGACAGCAUCAGAACCCACUGCUUUGUAUCGUUCAGCUCGAGCGCAGCCGCUGCGCGUCUUCGCGAGAAAAUGUACGGCGAGCCGUUCCCGACUGAUGAAAAGGGACGGAAGCCGCUUGAAGCGGAGUAUAUCCCAGACGCAAAGAUGGAGGAAUUUAUUGCGACGGAAGAGAGUUCCGAGGGACGAGCGAAGCGUUGGGAUGUUUCAUUCGGCGAGGGAGCUGCUGGCGGUAGUGUUACUGCUGAUUCUGUCGUGUUGGUUGAAGCAAACUCGAUGGGGUCGGUGUCCGCCCCGAAAUCAACUGCUUUCAUGACGAACCCGCUCCGUGGUAGAAUCAACAACCCUCUCGGACGCGAAAUGGGCCAUUUUGAUGGUCCAAACGAGAAAGACAAUAAAUACGUUGACAGAGCAAGCAGUGGUAGGGAUGAGCCAGUGCUUGCCGAAGGCGAGAGACUCACGAACGCGCGUCCGCGACUGCGGUAUUCGGAAGCUCCUCCUGAUUUAGUCCGCGUGCGUCUUGGUCGUAUCGGUCGACGGUAGCGGGCUGCGAGCGACUGAGAAUCAGAGGGCAAGAAAAGUAGUCUUGAAAGGACAAGACACAACGAUCGUUACAGGAAAUUAUUAAGCCCGAAUUGGGUUGGGUCUGUAAGUUUAGUGAAAAUCGAUGUACACUAUUGAUUGGUUUGCAAAAACUAUGCGGUAUCAGCGAUA